GAUUUCGCAGAGCCGCGCUGAGCCGUUCGAACCUCUCCCCCCUGCGCACAGGCUGCGCCUGCUUCAGUCUUGCGCGCUGGAAAACUGCCAAGGUGUUGCGCCGACUGUCUUUCAUCGCAUGCCACUCUCCCUGCUUCCUCCCGCUCUCCCCCGCUUUCCCCCCUCUUUUCCCCCACUUUCCUCCGCUUCACCACGCCUUCAUUGCCAGCCGCUCCCCUCCCGCCCCCUUCUCCCCCACCCUUCCCCUCCGUUUCUGCCUGCUCCCUAGGGUGUAAGUAAAUACACCUGCCUCUUUUUCGCCUCCUCUUCUCCGGCUCCUAAGGCCGUCUCGCUCGUCUUAGGGUUAGUCCGCGUCCUCUAAAAACACUACCUAGCAGAAGAAGCAGCAGCCAUGGUGUCCCUUAAGCUCCAGAAGCGGCUCGCGUCGAGCGUGCUGAAAUGCGGGCGGAACAAGGUGUGGAUGGACCCCAACGAAGUGAACGAGAUCUCCAUGGCCAACUCCAGGCAAAACAUCCGCAAGCUCGUCAAGGACGGCUUCAUCAUCCGCAAGCCGCAGAAGAUCCACUCCCGCUUCCGCGCCCGCCGCCUGCUCGAGGCCAAGAGGAAGGGCCGACACACCGGGCAUGGUAAGCGCCACGGUACCCGGGAGGCGCGUCUCCCCACGAAGGUGCUGUGGCUGCGCCGCAUGCGCGUGCUGCGUCGCAUGCUCAAGCGCUAUCGUGAGGCGAAGAAGAUCGACAAGCACCUGUACCACGAGCUCUACAUGAAGGUGAAGGGUGGCGUGUACAAGAACAAGCGCGUGCUGAUGGAGAGCAUCCACAAGCUCAAGGCGGAGAAGGUUCGCGAGAAGACGCUCACCGACCAGUUCGAGGCGCGCCGCGCCAAGAGCAAGGCGUCCCGGGAGCGCAAGAUCGCGCGGCGGGAGGAGCGGUUGGCGCAGGGUGUUCAGGAGCCUGCUGCUACGGAGGCUGCUCCUGCGGCCAAGAAGUGAACUUUAUAACAUGUUACGGAGAAGGCUUGAUGGUACUGACGAAUUUAGAUGUGUUAAGAUGAUGCUGGGUUUUGAGAUUGGCUGUGCUGAGCAUAGGGUUUGUGGUACACCAAUGUUCAUGCUUACACCCAAAUCUCAUUUUCAAGUGAUUUUCACUGCACUAUCUUGUACAGGCUUCUGUGAUAUGAUAUGGAAGCGAGUACGAGGAUACUUUUUUCCCUUAGCCAAAUAUUGGCUGCUUUGGCGCGUUGCUUCCAAGCGAGGUUUGGAAAGUGCACCUGGUUUGAGUGGUAACCAGUGCUCUCGAAGUCGCUUGAGGAGCUUCCUCAAUGUCGACGUCGACGUCGACGUCAAAUGCCUGUAGAACACAGCCAUUAUAUUGCAGGCGGUAGCAGCUAAGUACACACCAACUUCGUGGGGUCCGGAUUCGCUAUGAGCAGCUGAGGGAAUGCGGAUACUAAGACGAUGUUACACCAGAUCACUUCUAGAUAUAUGUCUUAGAAACUUAGGACACGAGCCUCUUAAACUUAGGAGGCUAGGUAGGCUAGGAUACUAGAAGUGACGCCAUGGAAUAUCGUGAGGAGAAGUUUAUCUAGGGGUAGGCAAAAGUGACGAGAAAGAAGGGUUCGAAUAGG